AUUACGAGCCCCAGUCCAUCUGCGAUCAUCUGCAGUACAUUUUUGCACUCAUGCAGAACAGCAACAGAAAGUAUAUCGACCCUUCAGGACUAGUCAGAGCACUAGGUCUGGAUACAGGACAACAACAGGAUGCCCAGGAGUUUUCAAAGCUUUUCUUGUCUUUGUUGGAGGACACAUUGUCCAAGCUGAAGAACACCAACCUGCACAAUGUCAUCCAGCAGCAGUUCUGUGGACAGUUCUCCUAUGUUACAGUAUGUAAUCAGUGUGGACGAUCUUCUGCACGUCCAUCCCGGUUCUAUGAGUUGGAGCUGAACAUUCAGGGCCACAAAAAUCUUGCUGAGUGCAUCACAGAGUUCCUAAAGGAAGAGAAACUGGAUGGGGAGAAUUGUUACUUUUGUGAGAGCUGUCAGAGUAAACAGAGAGCCACACGGAGGAUCAGACUGCACAGCCUACCUUCAACCCUCAAUCUGCAGCUUAUGCGAUUUGUCUUUGACAGGCAAACAGGCCAUAAGAAGAAGCUCAACACUUUCAUCAGUUUUCCAGAACAGCUGGAUAUGGGACCAUUUUUGGAAGGGAGACCAGAUCUGAAGUAUGUCUAUGAACUGAGUGCUGUUCUGAUCCAUCGGGGCAUCAGUGCUUAUUCGGGUCACUACAUUGCUCAUGUGAAGGAUGCGCUGACUGGUGACUGGUACAAAUUCAAUGAUGAGGAAAUAGAGAAAAUGGAAGGAAAGAAGCUGCAUCUUGGUAUUGAAGAGGAUAUUGCUGAGACGGUGAAAUCCCAGUCACGAAAGCCCAAGUGCAGCAAAGGUUAUCACUGCUCUAGAAAUGCCUACAUGUUGGUGUACAAGAUCCAAGGUGAUGAGGACUCUGCUCACUCCAAGACCAAAGUUGAGGUGCCAGCUUUUCUUCAGAGGCUGGUUGACCAGGACAACCAUAAAUUCGAAGAGUGGUGCACAGAGAUGGCAAAUAUGAGAAAACAGAGUGUGGAUAAAGGCAAAGCCAAGCAUGAAGAGGUGAAAGAGCUCUACAAGCUUUUACCUGCAGAAGAUGGAGAGCAUUAUGAGUUUAUCCCCCUAGACUGGUUGAAGAAAUGGCUUGAUGACUCCACUGCUACAAAGAAAAUUGACAACACUCUUUUCCUGUGUUCCCAUGGAAAACUGCACCCAGACAAGAUAGGAGAGGUCAAAAGGGUUUCUUUGCAAGCUGCAAACCUGUUAUAUGAACGCUAUGGUGGAGGACCAAGACUAGAUGGCUCCACUCUUUGCAAUGAGUGUGUUGGCCAGCGAUGCAGAAUGAUGCGACUGAAAAACCAGCUCAGUGAAGAUUUCAAAGAAGUUUCAAAUCUAAUCAAAUGUUUGCUCAGUGAUGAGGGUUUCUGGGUGGGCAAAGCGUCUUUGCGUUGCUGGAGGCAAAUGGCUUUGGACCAGUUGGAAGAGGCUGAGGUUGAAACCAAACACAACCACAGCAAGACUAAUGGGCAGGGACUGCACACUAACAGCCAGGAGUUUCAUUCAAAUCUCUCGGAGGGUGCAGAGGAUGAAAUGAAGACUUUCAAUGAAGACCUUGUCUGCAGUCAUGGAGGCCUGAAUAUUUUGGAGACAGAACGAAAGCUGGUAUCUACUGAAGUUUGGAUCAAAUUGAAAAAAUAUUUCCCAAAAGCCCCAGAGUUCAACCAAAACCAAGGUCCCUGUCAGCAGUGUCUGACGUUAGAGCAGGAAGAAAAGGACAAUGAAGCAGUCAGUAAAAUGAUGGCUCUCGAUCAAAAGAACCAGCUGCUGAACCUCUUCCAUGAAAAGAACCGACCAGCACUCACAAAAUGGCCCCAGGGUACAGAUGUACUUUACAUAGUUCCUCUGUUUUUUGUGGAAGAAUGGAAAAAAUUCAUCAGGAGACCCACAAAAUCCUCUCCAGUGUCUAAUGUUGGCAACACUCUGCUGCUCUGUCCCCAUGGUGGCUUCAUGUUCACCUACGACUCUCUGAUCAAUGGAGAGGCACAACAUGUAACUCUGCUUUGGCCAAAUGAAUGGGAGGUGAUCAGCAGACUCUUCAUUGUUGACCAGCCAAUAUCCAUCCACUGCUUAAAACAGACCACACCAAAUGGAUGCACUACCCAUUACACCACUCACCCUGUCACAAGAUGGUGCAAAGCGGCUAAAGUUGAGUGACAGCACUGCUCUACCUGUGACCACUGUGAGCAAAGCAGGUGGAAUCAGGAGAAGCACUCGGCACAGGAAACUCAGAGGGGAGAAAGCACUCAUUGUUUCAGCUAAUCAAACACUAAAAGAGCUCAAGAUUCAAAUUAUGCACGCCUUCUCUGUGGCUCCAUUUGACCAGAAUCUCUCCAUUGAAGGAAAAGGUCUGACAGAUGACUCAGCCACCCUGGGAAGUUUGGGUGUCAUCCCAGAGAGCAUCAUCUGUUUGAAGGCUGAUGAGCCCAUAGCAGAUUAUGCUGCAAUAGAUGAUGCCUAUCAAGUGAGAGUGCCUGAAGAGGGUUUUAAAGGCACAGGGCUUCUGGGACACUGAAGAAAGCUUUGCAGCAUCAAACUGAAUAGAUGGGAUUUUUUUGUUUGUUUGUUUUUAAAGAAAAGCU